AUGUAUCAUGCAUUCAUGGCAGAAUAUAUUCAACUAGGACACAUGGUACGAGUUCCAAUCAACGAAUUGCCCGCAAACGCUUACUUCUUGCCUCACCAUGGGGUAUUGAAGCUUGAUAGUGCCACUACGAAACUCCGCACAGUGUUCAAUGGUUCCUGUGCAACAUCUACAGGAAUUUCAUUGAAUGAUAUUCUUCACGCAGGACCCAAAACGCAAAUUGACAUUUUUGACGUGAUGUUGAGAAUCCGCUGCAAUAAAAUUCUAUUCGCUACUGACAUCACCAAGAUGUUCAGACAGAUUGAGGUCGACUCUCUUGAUUGGCCGCUUCAGUGCAUUCUCUGGACAGAUGAGAAUGACCUGGUAGACGCUUACUGUCUCAAGACAGUCACAUACGGAACCGCUAGUGCACCUUUUGACGCUGUACGUGUGCUCAUUCAACUUGUGAAGGAUGAAGGACACCGCUUUCCGCUAGCUGUUGCUCCAAUGUUGAAAACACGCUACGUAGAUGAUAUCUACGGUGGAGCAGACAACGAAGAAGACGCUAUCAAGGCUGCAGUACAAACAAAAGCUCUGUGUGCAGCAGGCUGCUUCCCGCUUGCCAAAUGGGCUAGCAAUAGCCCACGGUUACUCGCUGAAGUCGCUCCAGAAAAGCAGCUGGAUACACCGCUUAAAGAAAUCAGUGAUGCACCAGUAAAAGUCCUGGGCAUGUACUGGAAUUCACGCACUGACGCUCUCCAGUUCAAGUACACGCUACCGCCAGAUACGCCUAAGACAAAGAGAGCUAUUUUGUCUGAAAUCGCUAAACUGUAUGAUCCGCUAGGACUUCUCGCACCAAUAGUCGUCAAAGCCAAGAUCUUUAUGCAAAAUCUGUGGCUAGAUAGAGUGUCAUGGGAUGAACAAUUGUCACCAUCACUCAUUCACAAAUGGACUGGAUACCGCGAGGAUCUUCGAAACAUCGAAUCCAUCCGCAUUCCACGCUGGAAUAAUAUAGCACCUGGAGCAACUAUGGAAUUGCACGGGUUCUCAGACGCUUCGCAAAACGCUAUGGCUGCCGCUGUUUAUUUGAGAGUCACUGACGCUGAUGGGAACACAAAGGUCUCACUUCUGUGUUCAAAAACGCAAGUAGCACCGCUGAAGACCAUGACAAUCCCACGCUUGGAAUUAUCUGCCGCAUGGUUGCUAACACAACUGAUACUUCAUGUUAAAGAAGUUCAGUCGCUUGAAAAUGUCAGGAUCAAUCUCUGGACUGACUCCGCCGUGACUCUCGCAUGGAUUAAAAGUCCAGCAAUCCGCUGGAAGACAUUCGUCCGCAAUAGAGUGGGAAAAAUCCAAGAAACGCUUCGAGAUGUCUCCUGGAAAUUCAUUCCAGGAAAACAAAACCCCGCUGACUGCGCUUCAAGAGGUAUACCUACGCUAAAACUGAAACAACACGCUCUCUGGUGGCAUGGACCAACUUGGCUUCAUGAACCAGAAUCCUCUUGGCCCACUCUUGAGCCUCCAACCGACAACGCAACGCAUCGAGAAGAACGCCAAGGUCUGACAUUACUGUUUCCAUUACUUAGGAAGCUCAGCAUCUGGCAUCGUGUCAACGACCGCUUUAAAAGAGUUCCACAAUCUUCGCUGGCCUACCCGCUUACUCCAUCAGACCUGGAGCGCGCUAAAUUGACCUUGAUUAAGUUCACUCAAGGACAAUACUUCGCUAGAGAGAUUCACACGCUACAAGAUGGUGAUGGUCUGCCUAAAAAUAACAGCAUCACUAAGCUGACUCCGUUCAUCGACCAUCAGGGGGUCCUGAGAGUCGGUGGCCGCUUAAAAAACGCAUUAUUGGACCCAGAAGAGAAGCAUCCAGCAAUACUGCCGAGACAUUCACCGCUUACAUCAAUAUUGAUUGAUGAUUCGCACCGCAAAACGCUUCACGGAGGUACUCAGCUCACGCUCGCUGAAUUACGCAAAGCUGUCUGGAUCAUUGGAGGCCGUGUUCCAGUCAGAUCCUUUAUUCUACGCUGUGUAAUUUGCACGAGACAUCGUGGAGAACGCGCUCAACAGCUGAUGGGUCAACUACCUGCCGCACGAGUACAGCCAACUCGAGCCUUUUUGCAUACAGGACUCGAUUAUGCUGGACCCAUCACGCUAAAAACGUUUCAAGGACGUGGAGCAAAAACAUACAAAGGCUGGAUUGCUGUCUUUGUAUGCAUGUUCAGCUCAGCUGUUCAUCUAGAGCUAGUCACUGACUACACCGCUGCCGCUUUCAUCGCCGCUUAUCGCCGCUUCACUAGUCGCCGAGGUAUCUGCCACACGCUAUAUUCUGACUGUGGAACCAAUUUCGUAGGAGCAGAAAAAGAGCUGAAACGACUAUUCGCAGCAGGAUCCCGCACAUUACGAGAAUUAUCAAGUCUGAUCGCGCAAGAUGGCACGAACUGGAAAUUCAAUCCGCCUGGAGCUCCACAUUUUGGAGGAAAAUGGGAAGCCGCUGUGAAAUCUAUUAAAUUUCACCUCCGAAGAACAAUCGGAGACUCGCUAUUGACGCUUGAGCAGUAUUCGACGCUACUGGCUCAAAUUGAAGCCAUAUUGAAUUCCAGACCGCUUACACCGCUUAAUGAAGAUCCUGCUGACCUGGCUGUAUUAACUCCAGGUCAUUUCUUAAUCGGACAGUCAUUGACCGCAGUCCCAGAGCCAUCGCUGACAGAUUUACAACCUGCUCGGCUCUCGCACUGGGAACAAGUCCAGCAAAUGGUGCAACAUUUCUGGAAACGCUACUACCAGGACUGUAUCUACCGCUACCAGGCCAUUUCAAAGUGGCAUCAUCAACGCAACCAGAUCAAAGUGGGUUCAGUUGUACUGAUCACCACUGAGGAUCUUCCGCCAACCAAGUGGCCAUUAGCCAAAGUGAUUGCUGUCCAUCCAGGAGCAGAUGGACAAAUCCGCGUGGUAACUGUGAAGACAGUUAACACAGAGCUGGUACGCCCAAUUACAAAGCUUUGUGUCUUGCCACUGACGCAUGAAGAGGAUGAUCUUGUCGACGCAGCCGCCAACGCCGGGGAGAAUGUUCAGUGA